AUGUCAGAAUUAGCUGAUGUAUUGCCGACUGAAGAUUUGACAAUGUACACUAUCUGGGCCAAAUAUAAACAUUUGUGUGCAGUUACUGUUUCUGAAAGCAAUACAAAAGCUAAAGAUGAGCUAAUAAAAAAAGAUGAUAGACCAGGUGUUGAGCAAAAUACAACCCGAAUGAUAAUUGUUUCUGAACAAACGACUUCUUCUGAAAUCGUGCCUCUGAUAUCUGUUCCUCCUGUGGAAUGCCACGAUGAUAAUUCUACGACAUCUGCAAGGUCUUCUGCAGAAACACUUCAAAAUAAAGAUGUUUUCGGGCCUACUUACAAUAGUAAGAUAGAAAGGGGCAGUGAAAAAUGUGGCACUAAGCAAAAUCAGGACCUGCUUUCUAAAUGCGCUAUUAGUGACUUAACUUCUGCGCAUAAAACUCCGACUAAAGUCACACCUUUGACAUCUUCUGCUAUUGCAGUAGAUCAAAACGAGAUAAUACCAUCUUCAUCUACUGCAAGUUUUGCUCAUCACAUGCUUAAUAAAGGAAUUCUGGUGCCAUCACCGUUUAAGAAGGCUCUAUUUUGUCCAGAACCGACACAAAAGAAACGUAAAAUAUCCAAAGAAAAAAUACCAUCAGCUAUUACAAGACUUGAAGCUAAAAACACUAUAAAUCUAAAUGGCAAUAACAAUCAAAGGCAAUCAGAUAUUCAAGGCGACUCGAUUUCACUUCCGCUGUCCUUGGAACAAGCUGAUGCCGAAACGUCUGAUGAAGAUAUAGUAUCACCUAAAGUUAUAGUAGAGCAGUUGCCUUAUAACUUUUCUGUUACAACAGAUGAAAAUUUAAAUGAAAAGUUGCGUUGUGGAAUUCCAAAAGGAAAUAAUACUUCCGUUUCUUGCAACGUUUCUGCUAACGAUUAUGUAAUAGUUAUUUGGAAUGAAAGGAAAUACCCAGGACAAAUUGUUUCUGUGACCGAAGAAGGGGCGCUAGUAUCUUGCCUUAAAAAAUCCAAAGAAUUUUGGCGCUGGCCUGUGAUAAAAGACUUACAACUGUAUAGUUGGGAUAGUAUUGUAUGCCAAAUAGCAAUUCCUAAGUUUGCAAAAAAAGGCUGUUUUAUUAUUCCAGAAAUGGAUAAUGUAUAA